AUGACUCAAGCAAAGCACACUCUCGUCCUCAUCCGCCACGGUGAAUCCACGUGGAACAAGGAAAACAGGUUCACAGGAUGGACCGAUGUCCCCCUGUCGCCUGCUGGCGAGCAAGAAGCCGUGGAAGCGGCGAAGGCCCUCAAGGAAAAGGGAUUCACCUUCGAUGUUGCUUACACUUCCGUGCUCCAGCGUGCUGUUGUCACGUGCUGGACUGUCUUGAAGGGUACGGACAUGUGUCAUAUCCCUGUCAAGAGCUCGUGGAGACUGAACGAGCGUCACUAUGGUGCCCUUCAGGGUCUCAACAAGGCGGAGACCGCGGCGAAGCACGGCGAAGAACAAGUCAAGAUCUGGCGUCGGUCGUACGACAUCCCUCCCCCGGCGCUGGAGAAGUCCGACUCCAGGUGGCCUGGCAACGACGCCGUCUACAAGAUGGUCCCGAAAGAAACUCUGCCGCUCACCGAGUGCCUUAAGGACACUGUUGAGAGAGUCCUUCCCUUCUGGUUUGAUCACAUCGCCCCAUCCAUCAUGGAAGGCAAGAAGGUGCUCGUUGCCGCUCAUGGCAACUCCCUUCGUGGGUUAGUGAAGCACCUCGACAAGAUGAGCGAAGAAGCCGUUCUUGAACUGAACAUUCCCACUGGUGUGCCGCUCGUCUACGAGCUCGAUGAAGAUCUGCAGCCUAUCAGACAUUACUAUCUUCUCGAUGAGAAUGAGCUGAAGGCGAAGAUGGAAGCCGUUGCCAACCAAGGAAAGGCCAAGUAA